ACAAAACAAUACCUCCAAAGCCAAAAAAAUCAUUUCCGUUUUCUCUCUGAUCAUGUCUGUAUAUCCUCCUCCUCCAGCCGGCUACGGCUGCGGUGCUACAUCGCCACCCCAACCCCAACCCCAACCUUACAGAACAGCUUCUCCAUACGGUUCGCCGGCACCUUCUCAGCCCUACGGUGCACCCAGCUCAAUGAUGAGAACUCAUUACUCAGAGCCUUACGGUGCACCCUGCGCAACACCUGCGAGCGACAAGCCACCAAUGGACAAACCCCACUCCUAUGCACCCGCACCCGGCUGUUACCCACCGUCAGCUACAUAUGCAAGCCCGUUCGCCUCACUAGUACCCUCCGCUUUUCCUCCAGGGACGGAUCCCAUUGUCGUUGCGGGCUUUCAACUCGCUGAUCAGGACGGCAGUGGGUUUAUCGAUGACAAGGAGUUGCAGACUGCACUGUCUAGUUAUAAUCAGAGCUUCAGCUUGAGGACCGUUCGUCUUCUUAUGUAUCAUUUCACCAACACCAACACCAGGAAGAUCGGGCCGAAGGACUUCACUUCAGUGUUUUAUGGUCUUCAGAACUGGAGGGACAUUUUCGAGAGAUUUGAUAGGGAUAGGAGCGGAAGGAUUGAUUCUAAUGAGCUGAGGGAGGCUUUAUGUAGUUUAGGAUUUGCUGUCUCACCAGUCGUUUUGGAUUUGCUGGUUUCUAUGUAUGAUAACAGUGGAGGCAAAGAUAAGGCCAUUGAAUAUGACAAUUUCAUUGAGUGCUUUCUUACUGUUAAGGGUCUGACUGAGAAAUUCAGAGAACAGGACUGCACAUACUCUGGUUCAGCAACUUUCACUUACGAGGCCUUCAUGUUAACUGUUCUGCCAUUCCUCAUGGUAUGAAAGCUGAAAGCCUUAAAAGGGUUUUGGGUUGUGAACUUAAGGCUUUUUUCUUUUUUUCCUUUUUUGGUCUAGUGCCCUCCCGAUCACUGCUUUACGAAUAAAUAAGCCAGCGUUUGGUUAUGUUGUAAACUUUUUUAAGAGUUUAAUAAAUGUCAGUAUGCAGAUAGAUUUCUAUGUUGUACUUAAAUUUGCAUUAUUUCCAAAUUAGUAUGGUUUGCUUGCU